AUGGAAACACCUAGGAGUUCUACGAAGAUGAGUAGGGGGACGGAGAACCAAACUCUGUUCAAAAUGGCGAUGAAAGGUAAAUGGAGAGAAGUUGUAGAUCUUUGCCAGGAAAAUCUCGAUCUUAUUAGUCAGAAAAUCACAAAAACAGGUGCCACGGCACUGCAUGUGGCCAUCACUGAAAAUCAAUUCGACGCCGUUAGAGAACUUGUGAAGCUGAUUAUAAAGGAUGACAAGAAGGAAGCACUUAGAGCUAAAACCGAAAAAGGCGAUACGCCUAUCCAUCUAGCAGCAUCAAUGGGCAGUACGCCUACGUGCAGAUGGAUGGUGGAAGCUGAUCCCACUUUAAUUGGUGAUCGGAACAUUGACGGAGAAACCCCUCUCUUCUUGGCAGCUUCACAUGGAAAGAAGAGAGCUUUUCUCUACUUACACAGUCGUGGCAGCAUUGACGAACGCUAUUCUUAUUCCAAAAGGGCAGAUGGUGACACUACACUGCACUCUGCAAUAGAAAGGGAAUUUAUGGAUUUGGCAUUUCUGAUAAUUCUAGAGUAUGAAAAGCUUGUCGAUUCUGUAAAUGAAAAAGGUUAUACCGCUCUCCAUCUUUUGGCCAAGAAACCUGCUGCUUUUCCAAGUGGUAACAAACUUGGAUGGUUCAGUAAAAUCAUUUAUGAAUGUCUAUCUGUGGAGCUUUACGUAGAUGAUGAAAUCGAUAAUAAAGACAAAUCAUAUGAUAGCAGUGAUACAUCUGUGGACAGUACUGUCACUCAAGAAGAAGAAACAGCUGAUGUAGAGAAGCAGGCAACAACAUCAAAUAAUAAAGACGUUCAAAGUAAAACUUCCCAAGAGAGUAAGAAACUAGCGGAAAAAAGAUUCAUGUUCCGCGACUUUAUCGGAUUUUGUGCCACUGAAACAUUGGGUCUUAUUGAACCAGUAACUCUGAGGAUAAAGAAAUACAUUAAAGACAUACGAGAAACAAGAAAGAAGCAUGAAUGGAGUGUUGCAGUCAUGAAUAAACUCCUAGAACUUGCAUCUAUCUAUGUGUACGUAGACCCUGCAGGUGGAAACGAAGACAAAGUACACCCUGCAGGUGGAGACGAAGACAACCCAUUCACUGUUCUUCCCCUAGAGUAUCAUGAACCUAAACAAGAACACCACAUAAUCGAAGACACCUCAUCCAAAGUUAUGCAAAAAUCUGCCAAAAAUGGAAUAGAAGAAAUAGUGAAGAGCAUCCUUACAGAAUAUCCAGUGGCUAUUAAUGACAGGGAUGCAAGUAAGAAGAAUAUAGUGAUAUUGGCAUCAGAGAAUAGGCAUUUGAAUUUAUUUAAAUUCUUGAUCAACCAAAACUUCCUGAGAGAAGGUAUCGUUCGGCAAAUGGAUGAUAAAGGGAACACGGUUUUGCAUGCAACCGCAUCCUACGAUGAUGAAAAACAUAAUCUCUGGCCAAUUCCUGGAGCUGCAGCACAGAUGCAGUGGGAAAUCCAAUGGUUCGAGGAUUUUUAUGUUUUCGAUAACACUUAUCCACAUAAGGAUAGGCAUAAGCCUGCAGAGUAUCCGGGAUAG